AUGUCGAAGAAACUCAAUCUCAACAUUUCAGAAAUUCAAUCUCCAUUCCCUAGUUACAGGAGCAGCCAAACGCCUACCGCCGCCGGAAAGGAGAAGGUUAACGGCGGAGAUCAAUCUUCUUUCGAAAAUUUCAGGUCAUUCUACCGAACGCAGAGCGUAGAUCGAACGGCGAAGAAAAAUGUCCGAACGACGUCGUUGCUGCUCGAAUCGCCUCGGCUUCUGCCCCCCCCGCCGCCGGAGAACCUCCGCGGCUCUGCUAGGUUUUUCGUCGCCACAGGAUCGUCGAGAUCGUUGAUCGUGGAUGAAGCGCCGCCCUAUUCCUCUGCUAGAGGCGGCGGAUCUUCGACGGCGGCGAAGGAAGCCGAUGAGAUCGGGAAGAGCGAUUCGGCGGCGGCGGAGGACGACGACGGCGACGAUCUCAUCGCGAUCCUGACGUAUUCGCCGAAUCCGUACGAGGAUUUCCGGCGAUCGAUGCAGGAGAUGGUGGAGGCGCGACUGGAGCACGGCGGAGAAGUGGACUGGGAGUUCAUGGACGAGCUUUUGUUCCGUUACUUGGAAAUUAACAACGAGAAGUUUUGCAGGCAUAUACUCCGCGCUUUUGUGGAUUUGGCCGUCGUUUUGCGUGAGAAUUCCGCGAUGAUUCCGGCGCGGCGCCGCCCGUGGGGCGGCGGUGGUGGUAGAAGACUGCUGAAAGGCAAAAGGGGAGAUUAA